AUGGUCGAUGAUACCAUUUCCUAUGAUGACUACUUCAGUAUUGUUAGCGAUCGUGGCGUUUUGAAAAAAAUAAUCAAAAAAGGUCGUUCUCCUUUUUCGCCGCACCGCAAAGAUAUCGCAUGCAUUCACUACGUUGGCCGGUACCAUUUUGGAGAAAAACAUGGACAAAUCUUUGACUCUAGUCGUGCAAGAGAGAAACCCAUUUGCGUUCCGCUUUGUAAUGAUUACCCAAUUAAGGCUUUUAAUGUUGCCAUCCAAACAAUGAAACUUGGAGAAGUUUGUGAGAUUGUGGCUUAUCCUGAUUACGGUUAUUAUGACUCGCAAAUUCGCCGAUAUGAAAUAGAAUUAAUUGCUUUUUGUGGUAAAACCCUCGUUACCAACUAUUUUAGAUUUUUUGUAGAGUAUGCAUGCUCGUCGUACGAGGGCUCAAACGUUUUAGUUUCCACCAUUAAGAGUGGAGUCGACUUUGCCCCCAUUCCUGGUGAAAUUACGACGAUUUCUUUAGAAGGAUAUUACAAUGAGGUCUUGUUCGAUCGUCGAAAUGUUACCAUUUUAUUUGGCGAUUUUGAUAAUUUUGGUUUACCGGAGAGCCUCUAUGAGAUUCUCCCAACUUUCAAUGUGGGAAGUGAGCAUCUGUGUCAACUGCAUGGACCCUUAUCAUUUACAAAUGUGAACUCCGAAGCGAUUAACUUGCCGAAAGGUGCAAUUUUGUGGUAUAGAAUAACUGUGGAUUUUGAUGGAUCUUACAAUGGGCCAGACAAGUAUGCUGGUGAUAAGGAGAAUUUUCAUAUCCUUUUGCGUGUAAAAAAUAGGGCAAACGAGUAUUUUAAGGCUGGAAAGUAUACUUUGGCGAAAAAUAUGUACAACUGGGUUGUCCAAUCAGCAUACAUCCUCUAUGACAAUAACGAGUACCAUUACCUUUGUCGUAUUGCCUUCCAAAACUGUGCUCUUUGUUUUCUUAAAAUGAACAAACCCGAUAAGUGUUUAGAAAUUUGUGACCAAUGCAUUAAAAAGGACCCAGAAAAUGUAAAAUGCUUAUACCGACAAGGGUUGGCGUACCUUAUGAAGAACGAUUACAAAGAAGCCUAUCGCUGCUUUACGAAGGUCCUUUUGACUGGUAAUUGCAACAGGGAUGCAGCAAAGAAAUUAGACUUUUGCAGAAAAAUCCUUUCAAGGGAAAACAUUCGAGAAAAUAUAAUAAUCAAUGGUGCCAUUAGACAACUAGGGGAGGUGAUCUGUUCCGGAAUGUCUGAGGCUGAAUCUGAAUUUGUGGAUUUCACUAGUCUCGUUAGCGACGGAGGUGUUUUGAAGAAGGUUAUUAAGAGUGGACAUACAGACAUCUCUCCAGUUAAAGGUGAAACAGUCGUAGUGCAUUACGUUGGCUUCUAUCAUGGCGGAGACGAAGAUGGAACUAAAUUUGACUCAAGUCGGGACCGAAAUGAGCCACUCAAGUAUGAAUCAGAACAGGGUCAUGUAAUCAAGGGGUGGGAUAUCGCUAUACCUACGAUGAAGCUUGGUGAGAUGUGCGAGCUAAUAGUGUCUUCGGAGUAUGGUUACCAAGACAAAAAGACUCGUCGGUUUGAAAUUGAAUUGCUGGACUUUUAUGGCAGGGAUGUAAGCCCGAAGUUUAAUGGGUCUGUUUACUUGACCCAGCUGACGCAUGGUAAUGAAGCCAACUCUCCACGACCCGGAUCUAUGUGUGAAAUUCAUGCUCUGGGUUAUUGUGGUGGAAAAGUGCUUGAGGAUCGCGAUGUUUGUUUUGUAAUUGGUGACUUUGAGGAAGUUGGUCUUCCUGAGGGUCUUGACCGUGCCCUAUGCUAUAUGAGCGAGGGAGAAGAGGCACGAGUCAGGAUCUGUGGACCUAUGACCUUCACGCCAUGUGAAUCCACGACGCGCGGUAUACCCCAAAAUUCUAUUUUGUACUACCUCGUGAAGAUCAUAUCAUGCGAACAAAGAAAGAGUGCGGCGGUAUUUGCAACCUUUCAUGAAAAGAUGGAGCAUCUGCAGUCUCUAAAACAAAAGGCCAAUGAGUUUAUCAAAGCUCGAAAAUAUCAAAUAGCAGUCGACAUGUACUCAGAUCUACUAAGUGACUGCCUCGGUGUUCCAACCAACGGUUAUGAACAGCAUGCAGAAUUAAAUAAUUUUAAAUGCGUUUUGCAUCAGAACAAGGCAUAUGCCUUUUUGAAACUAAAAUCACCUCAAGAGUGCCUUGAGGCCUGCAAGCAAGGUCUCGACCUUAAUUCGCGCAAUGAGAAAUGCCUUUACAGAAAAGGCGAGGCGUACCUUCUUCUUGGUGAUCACGAAGAAGCGUCUAACUGUUUUCAAGAGGUGCUUUCUAUUAAUCCGAAAAAUGUGGAAGCAGUUCAAAAGUUAAAAUUGUGUCAGGAUACAAUUUCAAAAGCCCUUCAACAGGAGAAGAAAAUGUUCCAAAAUGCGUUCAAGCGUCUACGAGGCAUGGAAGACGCGUCUGGAAGCAAUGUAAAAAAAGAGAACGAAGAUGAGGCUAUUACGUCAACGACGUAG